UCGUCGCUGUCGCCCGGUCGUCCACCGCCGCGGCCCACGUGCCGGACGACUUGGCCACCCGACCACCUCAUUUGCGCGUCCGCGGCCGGCGACGAGCAGUCAGUGUUCGAAUCGCACUCGACGGUGCAGCAAGUUGUGUGUGUACAUCGUCGUGUCAUACUGCCGCAGCGGUGAUUGGCGCGCGCACACGUGUUGCCGUCGGCGGGUGCGGUAUAACGAUAACGAUAUAAUAUCGUUUUAAAAAAUAUCAAUUCAUCGCCGUCGUCGUCGUCGUCGCAUUUUGAGCGGACAUUGAACAGAGAGAGGCGCUCCGACCUCCUGCUGCCGCCGUCAAGUCUUCCUCUGCGACAGCGCCGUUUUUGGGGCACUCGUAGCGCCGACUGCCGAGAAUACGAAAAUCGGCGACAGCUGCAUCCGCAACAGUCCACUCAGCUUUUGUUGUAAGUACUUGCGCAAAACGGUAGUAGCGAAGACGACGAAACGCGCGACAUCUGCAGACAGAGUAGAUCACCGUGAUCAUGGCGUCGUCGCCUUUGCGGGCUCCGGCGGCGGCUGGUCAACCGCAAUCAAGAUUGAUGGACAUGCAAAAAAAGUUCCAGGAGAAGCAUUUGGCCAAUUUGGCGUCCAUCAAAGGCAACGUCACUGGACCAACAAAACUAUCAACUACUUCGCCGACCAAGACUACCGGAAGCGGUGAUUUGCCUGUGCCACCUGUUCGGCGGAUCGUCGGCGCCAUCCCCGCUGUACAACCACAGCAGCGCAGACCGGCUGGAUCCGGUGAUUCUGUUGUACAGGUCGACGUAAAAGGAAAGGUACGACAGCUGUUUGCCGAGCGGAGUCAACAGCAGCAGCAGCAAGGGAUGGGCUACCAGCACCACCAGCAAUUGCGGCGGCAACGGCGGCGGAGCCUGACGGGCCGCGACCGGUCUCGGCCCCUCAGACCACUGUCCGGCGGCGACGACGACGACGACCCGCUCUGCAAGACCGUCUGCUUUACCGCCCCGUCGAUGGUGGGUGGCGCCGACCUGGUGGGCAUCAGCAGCGCGAACGGCGGCGACGUGCGCGGCGAGCUGCUCGCGCUGUUCGGCCGGCUGCCCAACCUGGGCGGACAGCUCCUGUCGGAAUCGUUUCGCGGGAAAGCCGGAAAAAUGAAAGCCGCCCAGUCGGCGCCCGAGCUCAAGUGGUUACUCGACGGCAACAGCGGCGGCGGCGGCGGCGGAGGCGGCCCACGGCCUGCUCCGGCGCCGCAGCCACCCGCGCCGGAAAAACGGGGCGGGGGCGCGAGACUGGCGGCGGCGGCUACUGGGGCGGCUACUGGUGGCGGCGGCGGCGGCGGCGGUGACAGUGACGGUGACGGUGACGACGACGACGACGACGACGACAACAACGACGGUGGCGACUACGAUCAACGGCACCAACAGUUGCAGCGACCGGCGGCUCGAAUAAAUAGCAAGACCGCUACGGUGACGAAAAAACCAUUGGCCACGGUCAACGGUAACGUGGGCGGCGGUGCCGGCGGCGUGGGCCGCGUCGCUAACAAAAAGCCGAUGGCCCCGUCCAACGACUCCAACAGGUUGCUGUUGCCGCCCGUCGUGCAGCCGACAGUGAUCAACGCGAUAGCGGCGGGCGCCGGUGCGGCCGCGGCGUUGGCCAGCGUCAGCGCGGCCACGGCGGCCGGUGCUCAGAAGCCGUUGGUCAGGGCGGCCAAAUUGCCGCAAAAGCCGGCGGCUCCGCGGCGCGUGGCGCCGCUGCCGGCCAAGACCUCCCCGCGGCCGCCGCCGGUCGUCAAGCGCGCUACGCCAGCCGCGGCGUCGCCCCGACCUCAACCCGCCAAGCAGCAGCUGUCCGCGGACAGGGGCCCGCCCGCCAAAGGCAUGGCCCGCUGUCCGCUGUGCGCCAGGGACUUUGCGGAGGACCGGCUGCCCAAGCACGAGCAGGUGUGCCGGCGCACGCGUGACCGGGACCGCAAGCGCAAGGUGUUCGACACGAGCAAAAAGCGGCUGGAAGCCGUGGCCGCCGAGGCCGGCGUUGACGUUUCGUCGUUCAAGAAAAAGAGCCAAAAGGAGGACCAGCGAGUCGCUGAGAAACUCCAGAAGAAGAAGGACGCGUGGCGCCGAAAACACGACCAGCUUGUGCGCAACGUGCGGGCCGCGCGAGCUGUGCAGCGGCACCUGGCCGCGGGCGGUUCGGUUAAGGACUUACCGCCGGAACUGGAGAACGCGACGGCUGACCAGGACGACGAGGUCGACUCGGACCUGGUAAAGUGUCCGCACUGCGGACGGACGUUCAACGAGGCUUCUGCGGAGAGGCACAUACCUUUGUGCGCCGACCGGCAACGGAACGCGGCCGCCCGGAUGCAGAACAAGAAACGGUGAAUUUCACCGUUUUCACCGUUGCCGCCACCAUAACAACAAUAUAUCUAUUAAACAAGAAUAUUAAUGACAAGUACAGCAGUGAUAAACUCAAUACCUAUUACCUGCACUGUGGUCAUUUACGUCCAACUUGAAUCUACCUACAUAUAGACAUAUAGUUUAUAAGCUCAAUAAUAUUGAGUCAAUAUUAUAUUACUGCGUAUCAUAUUUUAUCACUAUACAGUAAACAAAUUGUUAAAAAAUCGAAUUAUUAUAA